GCUCCUUUCCGGAAGCGGAAGCUUGGGGGGAGGGCAAAGAGGGGCCGGGAACAGACGGCGGUUGAUUACUAUUGCAGUGUAGCUUCGCUUCUCUCCGUCUGGGCUUCUCUGAGGCUGCGAGAGAUGGUCAGGUCCGGAUCUCGACCGGGCCAGGUGUUAUCUUCAGGAAGGCACACUGGACCUGCUAAAUUAACACAUGGAAAGAAAGGGACCCAUGCAAGAAAAAUACCACAUUUUAAUACAGAUUCUGGCUAUACUGUUCAAUAUGAUUCAGAAAGUCAGACUGAAGCUGUACAGGGGCUUGAUGGUUGUGCUUCCUUACUGCAGAACAUUUUGAGAAAUGAAGAUUCAGGUUCAGAAACAGCAUAUUCAGAAAAUAGAUGUAAUUCCAUUUCCAGACCUUUAGAAAGCAAAAGGUAUGGAUCGAAAAAGAAAGGACCUGAAAAACGUACUGUUACUUCAGCUGUCCGGAAGGAAAUUUUAUCUUCAGAUAAUAAGAAACAGAUACUUAAAGAAGCUUCUGCUGGAAAUGAAAGAGACUCCUCAGACAUAGCACAAAAUUGGUCAUUGCAAGAUCAUUAUAGAAUGCAUUCACCCAUAAUAUACCAAGCCCUCUGUGAGCAUGUGCAGACCCAAAUGUCACUGAUGAAUAACUUGGCUCCAAAGAACUGCCCUAAUGGAAUUCCUGUUAUACCUUGCCAUACAGUGUCUUGUUCUGAAUCUCAGGCAACUCCACAUUCUAGUUGUAGCUUAUCUACCUCCACCCGGGUCCAGUCACCUCUGCGGCCACCCUGCCCUGUGGUUCAUUCUGAAGUUCAGACUGAUGGUGACAGUGUGAGCUGUCAGUCAGUUUGCAGUCAGUUUGCAUCACAAGGUAAAACAGUUUGUUUGAACUGUACUGAUGAUAGUCCAAGGAAUUCCUUCAAGAACAGUUCUGGAGUUCCAUGUUCCUUGCCCAAAACUGAUAAAUCAGCUAUUCUAACAUAUCAGCUGCUGGAUCUUGCUAAUGGGAUUUUGCCACAGCAAGGAGUUCCUAAGGAGGCAGACCUACGAAAGUGUUUCCAAACAUAUAUGUCUCUGUUGUGUUCUCAUGGAAAAGAAGCUCGUGUGGACCGUCAUACACACCGAAGCUCCACUCGGUCACAGCCUGCUUUCUUGACCACUAAUGAACAAAAAUGUACCAGGGAACAAAUUGGAGAGACCACAAGUGAAGGAAAAGAUUUAAACAUGCAUGCACGAGAGGCAAGAAUACUCAAGGACCUCCAGAAGGCAAAAAAUGUUAACCAGACCACUGAAAAAGUUAGAACUAUAAAGUAUUUGUUGGGAGAGCUCAAGGCCCUGGUAGCAGAACAAGGGGAUUCAGAAGUUCAGAGGUUGAUUACAGAAGUGGAAGAGUGCGUAUCUCUGCUUCCGGCAGUAAGUGGACACACAAAUAUUGAAGUUGAAAUAGCACUGGCUAUACAACCACUAAGAAGUGAAAAUGCUCAUUUACGCAGGCAACUGAGAAUUUUGAACCAGCAACUUAGAGAACGAGAAAAAACUCAAAAGACAUCUGGUUCUCUGGAAUGCAAUCUUAAAUUGUGUUCUCUUCAGUCAUUGAAUACAUCAUUGCAAAAUCAGUUGCAUGAGUCACUAAAGAGCCAGGAAUUACUACAGAGUAAAAAUGAAGAGCUCUUAAAAGUGAUUGAAAACCAGAAAGAUGAGAACAAAAAAUUUGCUAGUAUAUUUAAGGAGAAAGAUGAAACCAUACUUGAAAAUAAACAGCAAUUUGACAUUGAGACAACAAGGAUGAAAAUUGAAUUGGAGGAAGCCUUAGUCAAUGUGAAAAGUUCCCAGUUUAAGUUAGAAGCUGCUGAAAAGGAAAAUCAGAUAUUGGGAAUAACAUUACGUCAGCGUGAUGCUGAGGUGACUCGACUGAGAGAAUUAACCAGAACUUUACAGAGCAGUAUGGCAAAGCUUCUCUCAGAUCUUAGUAUGGACAGUGCUCCCUGCAAGACUGGAAGUAAUCUUACCAAGUCACUUCUGAACAUUUAUGAAAAACAACUUCAACAAGAUCCAACCCCUGCUCACUCGUCCAUAAUGAGCUACCUAAAUAAGUUAGAAACAAGUCACAUUUUUACACAUCCAGAACCCCUUAAUGCAGAUAAAAAUGUGGAAAACAUAGUCCCGGAUAGACCUUAUGAACAUGUUCUGCCUUCCAAAGACAUUCAACAUAGCAGCUCUAGGAGCAUGGAAGAAGUAUCACCCCCUGGAAUUAUUUCUCCCCUUUCAAAACGUGAUUCUGAUGAGGAGAGUGAAAACAAGACUUUAAUAGAAGAUGAGUAUAAAUUGGAUGAUACAACUUACAUUCCUUUUGCUAGAAGUACUUCUAAAAAGAAAUCACUGCUGUCUAAGAGAAUAAUACCUCCCCAACCACAGAUAAGUGUAGCUACACCACAGCUAGUUCCCAAUGGUGGACUUGUUGCUGAACAAGAAAAUAAACUGUGUGCAUCCAUAGUUUGUUCCUGUUCAAAAAAGGAAGCAGAAGAUGCACUUGAAAAACUUCCCAGACAAAGUGAUACAGAGGACAAACAGCUCCUUGAGAAAAUCAAGGAAGCAAUCGGUAAGAUCCCUGCCGUCCCCGAGGAUCCACAGGAGCAGGCUGCACAUCAGGGCACCUUAGCUUGUCACAUGAAAGGGAAUCCUGCCUCUGAUGGUAGUUUUUUUUAUUCUGACUUGAUGUCUGACUGGAGCAUCUCUUCUUUUUCAACGUUUACUUCUCGUGAUGAACAAGACUUCAGAAAUGGCCUUGCAGCAUUGGAUGCCAACAUAGCCAGACUACAGAAAUCCUUAAGGACUGGUCUUCUGGAGAAAUGAAUUCAGAAGAAAUCUAAUUGAAUGUUUCUUCUUUUGUAUUUUUUGUUUAUUUUUUAAGUAACUGAACUGGGCUAUAUUGAAUGUAUCUGUUAAGUUUCAUUAGAGAAAUAUGUUUUAUAUUGAUUAUGUGUGAAAUAAUAAACUGGGUAAAUUAUAAAUUUAUUAUUGGAAUAUAUUGGUACUGUAGAGCAUAUAAAAUCAAGCCGUCUUAAGAAAUUGACAUUUGCUAAGAGAAGAAAGUUGUAGAUAAAUAGGAAAGUUUUAUAAGAAACAUUUUAGUUUAGUACUUAACGAUUAGAAUUUUUGUAUAAUACAUACAUGGUGGGCUGAGGGUGCCCGUUAGAAGGUUUCUCUGGUUGUCCUAAAAGCCAAUGGGACGAGUCUCUGGGGACAAUUUAUUAUAUUUAAACUAGAGAUUCUUUUCCCUUUCAGAAUUUCUGUUUGUGUUUUAUGGCAUUGAAUUUCUUGUAUGAGAUGCUCUGUGCUACAAGCUAGUGUUUGGUGAAAUGUAUAAACAUUUCCUUUCAGAGAAAAGGUGCCAAUACCUCCAUCUUUUAAAAAACAUUAAUUGGUUCAAGAUAAUAUAGAUAACAUCCUGUUAGCAUAUGAUUUGUUAAAACGUUAACACUUUUAUUUAUCCUGAAUGCAUAUUUAAGGCCAUUAAAACGCAAAAGACUGAUAAAGAAGUGCUAACAUAAAAGUUUGGUUAGGGAAAUUUGUUUUUUUAAAUAAAUAAAAAAAGUUUGUUUUUUCCUUAUUAUAUUUGAACAUGAUGGUGUUUGUAAAUCUUGGCACUGGUUGUAUUUCUGCCUUUCCUGGACCAAUUUUUUUUCCCCCAGCGCUUUAGCUGAGAAAAUUCUUUUUCUCUAAAUACUAACUAGGUUGGUUUCCCUGCCUCUGUGUACCAGCACUUCUUAACUACUCAGUAUCACCUUCUUCCCUGUAAACAGUCUCAUUUUAACUCUUAGAAAGCUAAAUGUUGUUCUAUCACUAAUACUUUGUGCAAGUCACCUGCCUAGUAUAACUGUGUUUAGUACUUGGUCAGGCUUUAACAUUAAGGUGUUCUGCUGUUCCCAGAACCUCUUCCUGCUGAUUUUUUUAGGUGUUGGUGCUUUAACUUCUGAAGAGUGCAAAUACAGUUUUUGACAAAUCUAGAUUUUACAGAUAAACUUUUUUAAGUCUAAAAAUUAAUAAACGAAUUUGAAACUUUUUACAGAAGAACUGUUCAUUAACAUUUUAAAUUUUCUUAUUUCUAAUAUUCAUAAAUUAAUUCAUUGGCUUCUUAUUUGGAGGUAACAGCCACAACUCUUUAGCACAUAAGUUCAGAAGUGCAAAUUACAAAAAUACAAAGUUGUGUUCAUCUCUUUACUUCCGAAUAUUCAACUGUUAUUCAUAUGCAGAAGUUAAUUCUUAAGCGUAUUAUAUGAUAAUACAAGAAGAUAGUCCUAAUUUGCCCUUAAUAUAGGAUGGCACUCUGUGUUACAAAGGAAGUUCAAACAUGUUUGAGGUUUCAAUUAAUUUGGUAAUUCCUUGAAGCCCCUUCACUGGGAGCUUGCUAUUAAUUUGACAUAGGGCAUACACAUGUCAUAAAAUAGAAACAUGAAAUAGGUUAAAUUUCAGGGUGGACUGUGAUGCUGGCAAAAGUGAUAGUAUAAACAGUGGGUUUCAUAGAAGUUUAGUGCAGAAAAAAGUCAAGAAUUGGUAGAGGAAGACCUAAACAAAGAGACUUCAUUUGGGUCUUAAAAGAUAUAUUGGAUUCAGAUAGUCCUCUGAAUUUCUUCAGUGUUUACCCCAUAGAAAGUCAGUACUUUCAACAUGGGAGUUGGUUGAGUGUGGUAUACUAAGCGGAUGGUAGGUAGUCCAGCCUGGCUAACAGAAGUGUCAGGGUGGUGGUAGUAAUGCUACCAUUACUGAUGAUGAGUUGGGUCAUGUGGAAAUCUUAAACUCUAGGUGGGGGAAUUUAUCCACUGAAUAUUGUGAAGUCAGUGGAGGGUUUGGGUAUCUAUUUUGUGUGUGUGUGUGUGUUUGGUUUGUUGUUGUUUUUUAGUUGAAGAUCACCAGAUGAAAUUGGGUGUUUUUAAAAUUAUCAUAGAGUGAUGGUAAAUUAAAUGGAUCAGAGGAGUCACUUAGAAAGUUGCUGCAGUAGUCCAGGGCAAGAGCUGAUAAGUCUUUGGCAAUAAAAAUGAAAAAAGACAAAUUGAAAAACUUUUUAAAUAGGUUUGAUAACUUAAUAGGAAAUGAAAGAGAAGGAAAAAUCAAAGAUGAUUCCAAGGUUUCCAACUUGAUCAGUUUGGAGCACACUGAACAAUGUCUAAAAUGAAAAGCAAGUUAUUGAGCCAGAAGUUGUAAGUAAUGUACUGUAAUGGAGAGUGGGAUAAAAAGGGAAGAAGGAGUGCCCAUUCUCAGCAAUCCUCUUUAGUCCAUCACACUCUCAUGAGUCAGUAGAACUGCUUCAUCAUAGUCUCAGAAAGAUCAGUCUAGUCCCAAAUCCCAGCCUUCUCAUAGAGCCUUUCCAAAUGACCCAGAGUGUAAAAAGCAUAUUAGUUGAAAAUCCCCCUAAGCUUUGACAGGGUGAAUUCAGUAUCUCCUGAGAGCUAUUGGGUGUGGCAUGGGAAAGAACUAUCCUCUAGCAUUCUGUCUCUAUUUUACUGUCCUUUCUUGGAUCUGUGGAGAUAAUGUACAUGCUGUUCAGAGUGGAUUUAGUAUUUUAAAUACCAGUGAAGAUAAAAGAUCUGAUUCUAUUUGACCAAGCAAUAGAGAUCCUAGAGGCAGAAUAAGAAAGCCAAAGAAGCGCUUGGUAAACAUUCUUACUCCUGCUAGCCUUGGGUUUUAGUAAACCUUCCAGAAGUCUUCGCUUUUCGGUAAUGGUGGCAUUUGCUUUAAACUUAUAAAGGCCCAUUUCAACUACGUGGAAAGUAGGGCAGAAUUACAAAACCUGUGUGCCAGUUUGAAUGUAUUAUAUCCCCCAAACACCAUUAUCUUUGAUGUAAGCUUGUGUGGGCAGACCUAUCAGUGUUGAUUAGAUUGAAAUUCUUUGAGUGUUUCCAGA